CAAGGACUGAGCCGAUAGAUCGCCGACCUGUUUGGCCUCCAGCUCAUACUUUCGAGGAAGCACGAAGUUGACGGUGAGUUUGGUGGGGAUGGUUGCCGGGACAGGAGGUCGCCCUUCGAGAAAAUCCGACGGCACCUUCGGCAUCUCGAGCAAGGGCGCAACUUUUUUCCAGGCCUUCCUGAGAUCAUCCGUUAUGGCCGGUGCCUUUUUCGGCUUGUCUGCGCUCGCAGCGUCGUCUGCAUAUGCACGAGCAGGCCCGAGCCUCGACAAUGCGACCGGGCUGCUGCCGCCGCCGCCGCGUGCAGUCGUAGCAGCAGCACACGAACCCGCAAAUCUCCGCAGCAACCACAUUUCUCGUCGAUCUCCCGCUUCCGAUAUCUCUCGAUUUCGUGAGCUCUGUGGAGGUUACGGUUGCGAUGCGAAGGUUAGAAAGAAUGCAUUCCCGUAGCCAUCGGAAAGCUCCGUGCGCAAGCCAUUGAUUUUCUACCGCUUCAUGAUAGUAGGAAGAACGCAACACAUUAAAUUUUUAGUUGAUUCGAUUAGUGAUCGGAAGCGCAGACAAACCUCACUAAAUAGAAAUGUCAAAUCUGCAGUCUCGAGCAGAAGAUUCGAACUGUGUCUGAAUGGAAGGAAGCUUUUACUGAUAGGGAUGCGACGGCAACAACGCGAGGAUCGUUGCCAUUUUGCGAGACAUGGAUUCUGGUCAGUGCUCGCUCAGAGUAUGGUUCGAGGACCGAAGUGAGCCUCGAUGGGUUCUCAUUUCUUGCAAGAUCCUCCUCUGGCUCAGAAGCAUGUAACCGCCGGAUGAUGGAAAGUGGAAGACGAGGGAAAUUACAGGUCUCCUUUCAGAGGAUACGGCGGUAACUUUCGAAGUUACAGUCUGGACCGCCAUUGGAGGUCGGGAAAUGAUGGAAUGAAUCAUGAUCGGAGAAGCUCGUCGUCAUUAACCGCCGUUCUGUGCUUCUGAUCAUGACUCGUCGAGUGCGAUCUUGAUAGCAUCUUGAAGGAGGGAGUUCCGGGCAGAUUCAUCGCACGCACGACCAAUCGCUCGCGCGAUAUCGAUUUCCAAGUUCCUCUAGCUUAUUCUGCAUCUGCGUCUUAUCCAGGGAAGACCUUCAGUCGGACCUCGAGACGUGAUCGGCCUCAUCAUCAAACCCUCCGCUCAGUUAUUUCAACUGCAGCUGCUCAUUCUCCAUCGCAUUCCAGUUGAAGCUGCAUGUCGAGCAAAGAGGAGGCGUCAAUGGAUCCAGAAUUGGAUGAUGUAGAUCCAACAUUAGCUGCAGCACUGAAAAAGACACUGGAAAAGCGCGGAGCUUUGGGCGGCAUGAAAGCCAAAAUUCGCGCAGAGCUCUAUAAAGUCAUCGAUCAUUCCGACGAUGAACCACGAUCCAAGACACUGUCGGACCGAGACUUCAUAAUGAAUGAGCUCGUCCGUGACUACUUGUUGCAUUGCAAACUGAACUACUCGCUUUCUGUGUUCACUCCGGAGAGUGGGCAACCGGAAAUGUUCUUAGGCCGCUCUCAGCUGGCCAAAGAAUUUGGAAUUGUAGAGACAAACGCCAAGUUCAAGAACCUACCACUCUUGUUCACACUUAUCAGCAAGGUGCAUCCUCAAGGUUGGGAUUUUUUUAAGCUCAAGGACUAAAGAGACGCUAAUGUGAGAACCAAACGGUUACAGCUUACAUUCGUACCAGCUCAGAACUUCCUAUACAACAAACCGUGUGUAUAAACACAUCUGACUUUCAGCACCCCUAGCAGGAUCAGCUCUAGACUGCUACAAAUGGUACGACGUUUACGUAGACCCGUGUGGACAAAGAAAGUGUAAAUAUAACCGAAUUGUCACUGUUAAUUAUUACUUGUCAAGGGAAGGGAAGGGCUUAAAACAUUUGUUUGUGUUCGAGGAAAACUCAAAUUUAUUGUUUCUUAGUUGGAGAGCAGCCUGAAAUCAGUCUCAAGUUCCCAAAUUUGAAGUUUGAGAAUUUCAAGAUGUUUUUCCACUUACUUGCGCGAG